GGUGCUUGAAGUCAAUGUAAAAGCUGCAGUAUGUAGUCACUGAGACACUGGUAUCAUGUUUAAAACUACAUUUCCCUUUUCACUCAUACAGAUUUGAAUGCCGUUUAGGGGUAGCUUUUUCUAAUCGAUGAUCUCAACUCAAGUUUCCUCUGUCAACUUCGUAAAGUGUCUGAAGAAACUCCUUCAGGAUGACUCGGUUGAGCUUAGUCGAAGUCUGCGGCGGUAAAAGGCAAACGGAACGAAACGCCUUUUAAGUUCCAACAAUGCGACCCAAACAAAGAAGGCACUGAUUUGCGGUCUCGGUGGUUUUCUGUGCUGCUCCUGCUAGCCAGGGCUGGGUCCCGUUAAGUUCCAGUUGGGAGUCGGCGGUUCCCCCAAGAUGUCAAUGGAAGAACAGGAGUAUGCCGAGGCGGUGCUGGUCACGGAGGCCGGGCCGCAGUGGCUCCGAGCCGAAGUCGAGCGUCUGACUCGGGAGCUCCGUGAAACGACCCACGAGAAGAUCCAGGCUGCGGAGUAUGGGCUCGCGGUGCUGGAGGAAAAGCAGCAGCUCAAGCAACGAUUUGAUGAGUUGGAGACAGAGUACGAGACGGCCCGACAUGAGCUGGACCAGCUGAAGGAGGCCUUUGGACAAGCUUCCUCAACCCACAAGAAGGUGGCAGCAGAUGGGGAAAGCAGGGAAGAGUCGUUGAUCCUGGAGUCUGCCAGUAAAGAUGCUCUGUACCAGCAGAAAGUCUUGGAUCUGCAGAAUGAGCUAAGACAGGCCAAAGUCUCUCUCACCGGUGUACAAGCUGAAAAUGACCGCCUGUCAUCCAUUGCAUUAGAGAUGAGAGAGAGUUCAGAGCUGGCUGAGCUGCAGCGCGGUCAGCUGCGGGAUGACAUCAGAGAGUACAAGGUGCGAGAGGCUCGUCUGCUGCAGGACUACAGCGAGCUGGAGGAGGAGAACAUCUCUCUGCAGAAACAAGUGUCUGUGCUGAGACAGAGUCAGGUGGAAUUUGAAGGUCUGAAGCAUGAGAUCCACCGUCUGGAGGAGGACUCCCAGUGCUUACACAGCCAGCUGGAGGAAGCCAUGCGUCUGAGAGAAAUCGCUGAGCGACAGCUGGCAGAGGCCUUAGAAACUAUCAAAACGGAGCGUGAACAGAAGGCCACCCUGCGCAAAGAGCUCUCCCACUACAUGACCGUCGGCAGCUCUGUGUACAGCGGCUCUUUCAACAUCUCCAUUGACAACCUGAAACUCCACGACGACCCCUCGGCUCUUGGCGAGCCUGACAACGAUGAUCUCAUCAGAGGCUUUGAGAAUGGCUUGGUCAAGGCAGGUGAAGCUGAAGAAGACAACAGAAACAAGCCAGCUCCGAGCCUGGUGGACGACCUGCUGAGUGAGCUUAACAUCUCUGAGAUCCAGAAGCUCAAACAACAGCUGAUGCAGGUGGAGAGGGAGAAAGGGGCCCUGAUCAGCUCCCUCCAGGAGAGCCAGAAGCAGCUAGAACAAGCCUAUGGGACCGUGUCCGAGCAAAAGGAAACUGUCAACAAGCUGACUGAAAACCUCAGCGCUAUGAGGAAACUGCAGGCCAGUAAGGAGCGGCAUUCCGCCCUAGACACAGAAAAAGACCGGGACAGCCAUGAUGAUGGAGACUACUACGAGCUGGACAUAAACGGACCUGAGAUCCUCAAAUGCAAAUACACCGUGGCCAUGUCUGAAGCUGGUGAGCUGAGGUCAGAGCUGAAGACUCUGAGUGCAAAGUACGAGGAGUGUCGGUCCCGGUAUGAAGACGAGCGAGCGCGGCUAGAGAGUGACGCUCUGGAGUUGAGGGCAAGUUUGGCGUCCUUGGAGAAAAUAAGCCAGACUGAUAAAGCUGAGGUGGCUCGUUUGGAGAAGGAGCUCCGUUUGGUCAGUGCAGCCGCAGGAGAAUCCCUUGGCUGCCUAAACGUGGCUCAGGAUGAGCUCGUUGCUUUCAGUGAAGAACUAGCUAACCUCUACAACCAUGUGUGCAUGUGCAACAAUGAAACCCCCAACCGUGUCAUGCUCGACUAUUACAAGGAAGGCAAGGCCAAAGUAAGAAGAGGACAGGAAGUGAGGGAGCACCAGUCCUCUGUACUUCUCACCAAUGGGCUGAUCACUGACACUGAGUCAGGAAAGUCAGAUUCUACAGUAACCCCAGCUCCACCCACAGAGCACCGGCCUGAACCCAUGAACAUCUAUAACCUUGUAGCUAUUAUCAGAGACCAGAUCCUCCACCUGCAGCAGGCAGUGGACCGCACCACUGAGCUGUCACGUCAGAAACUUGCCAAUCAGGAGCUGAGCACAGUGGCAGACAAAGACAAAGAGGCCUGCAUGGCGGAGAUCCUCAAAGUGAAGUCUCUGCUGAGCACCAAAAGGGAACAGAUCGCUACUCUCCGAGCUGUACUCAAAGCCAACAAACAGACAGCUGAGGUGGCUCUGGCCAACCUGAAGAGUAAGUACAACAGUGAGAAGGGCAUGGUGACUGAGACGAUCAUGAAGCUUCGCAAUGAGCUGAAGGCUCUGAAGGAGGAUGCUGCAACGUUCUCCUCGCUUCGAGCCAUGUUUGCUACAAGGUGUGAUGAGUAUGUGACCCAGCUGGACGACAUGCAGAGGCAGCUGUCUGCUGCAGAGGAUGAGAAGAAGACUCUGAAUUCUUUGUUACGCAUGGCCAUCCAGCAGAAACUGGCCUUAACCCAGCGCCUGGAGGAUCUGGAGUUUGACCACGAGCAGGCGCGCCGCAGCAGUGCCACAGCAGCGGGAGGAAAGGGCAAAACAAAGGGCAGGGGAGCCCCCUCCAACCACCGUGUAAGUUGGAGGCUUUACUGCAGAACAAACUCUGAGCCAAAGAGUGUCUGCAGAGACCCUGGGUUCAUCUGCACCGCUUUACGUGCCUUUUAUAAACAUCUAUCCUUUCUGUACUUCUUUUUCUACAAGCUGUGCAUCUCUCUAAGGCUUAAUACUCACCCACUUGUGCUAGCUUUCCUUUUCCAAAUUUUCUUAGCAUUUAUACCGUUUAAAUGAAUAACUCAUACUAACAUAACUUAAUACUCUUGUACUGUUCUUUGUGCAUGGUGGUGUUAACAAUGUUUGGUUGAACUCCAAAGCAUCCCUUUCUUUAAUGCUGUGAUUCCUCCUCUUUUUUUGCAUAGAAACAGUAAUUUUUUGUUUGUUUGUUUGUUUGUUUUUCUAUUUAUGUUGAACACAAGAAGAAAGAAUAUAUUUAACUGGCACAUAUUGCACAAGCAGUGAAUAUAAGCUUAUUUUCAGUGUGUUAUUUAUAUCAGUAUUACGCCUCAUGAAACUGGACACUUACAUGCUAAUUAUAAUUCAACUGACACUUGCUUCAAGGCUGCAUCAUUUCAGAUGUGGUGUGAUAGUUCAGAUCAGAGAUGACUUGUAAUAGAAAGCUUUCCUUCAUGUCAGAGCUCAGUCAUGUAUUGAUGCUGGUGAGUGUUUGUUGUUGGUAGACGUGUGAAUUGCUCAAAACCGUAAUCUUUAACCUCAGGUCUGAAAAAAUGUGAUAUUGUGAAGAAAAGUGACUGAUUUUUUUAUGUAGCUUUGUGUGCAUGUUGAAUGUCAAAGACAAAGAAACAUUUGUUAUUGUUAUAUUUAUUUGAAAUAUAUACAGUAUUUUUUUUCACGUUGUCUGAAAUAUAGCCUCAAACAAUGCAGUGUUGCUGACUUCUUUUUAACUCCUGCAUGCUUCACACAGCUGUCCGCUUCUUCCUGCUUGUCUUUUUGUCCUUGCUUCUAACUCCACAAAUAAACUCCAUCUGUCUUUUUCAGUCUAAAUGAGAUUUCAACAAUCAAUUGAACGUGAUUUUCCUCUGUUUUAUCUUUCCAUUUGCAGUAAAUCAGUGUUGCCAAGUGUCCUACAGUGGGUCCGUCAAGUGUCUGUGACAGUUGCCAGUCACCUUUGCUCCUGGUUCCUUCACUUUCUAAUCAUGAUUUUAAUCAUGCUAUCGUUAACACAGGAACAUAUCCAGCAGUAUUUGCCAGGGGCCUUGUUUUAGAGUGCCAAAACAAGUAUGUCAAAUUCUGUCAAAACAUUUUGACUACAGAGAGAAUGAUUCAUCGUGUCAGCUGCCCACUGGAGUCCUUCAGUCUUCCAACAAAAUGCACCACUAUCAUAACUGAACCAGAGGAAGAAUCAAGAUGGGUGCUUUGCUGAUUGCUUUUUGCCUGUUACCCUGACUGAGCACUUUUACGUUUCACCAAUAUGCUCUUAGGUGAUUCCUCUUUCUUUCUAAAAUCAUACUAAUUGUGUCAAGUAUUAUGCAAUGUUUUUACUGGGUGUGCAUGUUGAACUGCCAGAUUCUCUAUGUCAUUAUCAAGUGAUUGAAUAUAUUUUUUAUCUCUAUUUAUUUUUUAACAAGAAAACCAGAGAUUAUGUUGUUGUUGUUUUAAAACCAGAAACUUUUCAACUCCCUGGUUGAAUCAAAUGAAAGAGACAAAUGAGCUCUUCUGCCUUAGUUGUUUUCUUCUUUGCCUUUGAUUCUUUUGGGUGCCUCUCUGACAGUCCAGGGAUACGUGCCAUCAAGUUUAUCAGGAUUUUUUCUUAUCCAUGUUUGUUGUUUGGCUCAUAAAAAAAUAAUGCUUUACAUUAUUUUCACCGUGUUAUCCUGUAAAUUUGGAUUUUAAAUUCAGGUAAUAUGUUGUUCCAUUGGACUCUUUUUAUUUUGUACUCAUGACACAGCUGUUACAAAUUCAGUUGUUACAAAAAGUGUGGUUGAUAUGACAAAGGAAGAAUAUUAAUGCAAAACGUAUUUAAAGAUGUCUAAGUUAAGGUCAGAUGUUAAUAGUAUUCAUAAAAUUUUAUUCAUGAAGGAGAGUUUUUUAAUGGAACUGUUUUAAUUCAUCUUUCGUAAACCUUUUGAGUCCUAGAGUUUCUACCAACAGUGACCCAGCAGUGCCAUUUCUGUUUUGUUUAUUAAGCAAGUGCAAUUUACUAAAAAAGGAAAACGAAAAAAUAAAUGUUUAUUCUCUGUGAUACACAUCUUUCACCUUGUUGCUCACAAACUUGUUUCCUAAUGAAUUUAUAUGACUUUAUUGUAACUGCAGCUGUAUUUAUUUGACACUGUUCAGACUACAGGAUGUCAUUGUCCUUUUGUUAAUAAGGGAGUUUUGAGUGGAGGUAGCUAGUCUGAGAAUGGAGGAGGCUGAACCUGUGGUAUGAUUCAUGACUGUGGCCUGAUACUGGGCUCUAACAGUUAAGAAUGGUGAAGAAAUAAAUCUAACUUUCACAAUA